AUGAAAAGUUGCAUUCGUGAAGCACGACUUGGAUUUUGUAAGUUCAUGGUGAAGCCUUCCAUACUACUUGUGCUAGAUGAGCCAACUAAUUACUUGGAUAUACCUUCCAAAGAAAUGCUUGAGAUUGUUGACAAUGAUGCUGAAGAACCUGAUGAAGAUUUGAGUGACACUGAAGAAAAACGUUUGGUUGAUGCCAGUGGAUGGUCUUCACGUACCAAGGGAGUGUCAGCAUGCCUCUUGACUCAGGGGAAGAAAAUCAAGGAUGAUUUCCUUAACACUUCAGUUCAAGAUUUGGUGGGUCGUUCCGGAAGGUUUGGGCAUCUUGGGUUGGCUGUGAAUUUGAUAACCUUGGAAGACAGAUUUAACCUGUAUCAGAUUGAGUAUGAGCUUGGAACCGAAAUUAAACAAAUUCCUCCACUAAUUGAUCAAGCUGUUUAUUGUUGUUGA